AUGCAUGACACACAACAAUCAAAAGAACUAGGAGACACUCCCUCAGAUCAGCCCAAUGAUAAACUCGGCGCAGGCGAAGAUGCUACGGGUAAUAGCGAGCCUCAAGUUCAAUCAGACACAGGGGUUCGACUUACCUUAAUUGUGGUUGCCCUUCUGAGUGCUAUGUUUCUCGUCGCGCUGGACCGAACAAUCAUUGCAACUGCCGUCCCUGCUAUUUCUGAUAAAUUCCAUGCCAUCGGCGAUAUCGGCUGGUAUGCCAGCGCCUACCUCUUAACCAGCAGCGCGACACAACUUCUCUGGGGUCGACUAUACACCUUCUACUCGACCAAGACACUAUUUUUGGCAGCGGUGGUUAUCUUUGAGGUUGGCUCCGCUAUCUGUGGAGCAGCACCUAGCUCCACCGCAUUUAUUGUUGGUCGAGCCAUUGCUGGAAUGGGAUCAGCGGGCAUCCAGAAUGGCGCCACGGUCAUUAUCACCCAAGUAAUGCCUCUGCACAAGCGGCCUCUAUUUAUCGGUCUGAUGGGGUCGAUAUUUGGAAUAUCUGCCGUUAUUGGACCGCUUCUUGGUGGUGCUUUUACCGAUCGAGUGACAUGGCGAUGGUGCUUCUACAUCAACCUUCCCAUUGGGGGAGUCACCCUUCUCAUCAUUUUCUUAUUCCUCCGUACACCGUCGCUCUCCACGACAGCAACACUCAGGCGCCAACUGAUUCGUCUCGAUCCAUUGGGCACAGCCCUCUUCCUCCCAUGCGUGAUAUGCUUCCUCCUAGCCCUACAAUGGGGCGGUACAACCUACAGCUGGAGUAAUGGACGCAUAAUCGCUCUAUUAGUCGUGGCAGGAGUUCUCUUCAUCGCCUUUGCAAUCGUCCAAACAUGGCGCAAAGAAGACGCGACUAUUCCCCCACGGAUUAUCAAACAGCGCAGCAUCGCCUGCGCCGCCGCGUACACCUCGCUUAUCUACGGGGCCAUGGUCGCCAUGCUCUACACCCUGCCACUCUGGUUCCAGGGUGUGAAAGGGACUAGUGCCGUUCAAUCAGGCAUCGACAAUAUCCCAAUGGUUCUGGCCCUCGUCGUCGCGAGCAUUAUCAGCGGCAAGAUCAUUGCAAGCGUGGGGCAGUAUGUGCCGUUCAUGUUCGUUGCGACGCUGCUCAUGGCAGCAGGUGCUGGGAUGAUAAGUACUUUCAAAGUCAACACUGGCCAUGCAGCCUGGAUUGGAUAUCAGGUUCUUUUCGGUCUUGGUUUAGGAUGCGGGAUGCAACAGCCUACCAUGGCUGCCCAAGUCGUUCUCCCACAAGCGGACGUUUCAAUUGGUGUCGCAUUGAUGUUUCUGUUCCAAUCACUCGGUGGUGCGAUCUGGGUCGCUGUCAGCCAGAAUCUCUAUACAAAUUACCUGGUUAAGACAUUGCCCGAUAUUUCCGGUGUCAAUACAUCUGCGAUUCUUCAAGCAGGUGCAACUGGACUCGCAGAUAUCGUGCCGAAGGACAAACUCAGUGCCGUGUUGGUUGUCUACAACACUGCCCUCCGCAAUGCAUACUUCGUACCAGUGGCACUUGCCUGCGUCUCAGUACUUCCAGCACUGGGGAUGGAAUGGCGCAACGUCAAAAAGGAGAGUGAGCAGCGGGAGGCGGAGAAAGCUAUCAACAAAGGAGAAACCCCGAGCGAAGCAAGCACAUCGUCCUGA